ACGCAUUUCUUCACCCUUCACACACCGCUGUUAUCGUCAGCUGACUUAGAGUUGGACUUUGUCACUGAACUGAUUCCCAGUAAACACUAAAUAGUAAAUAAAUCAUGACUAAAUACGAAGACGUUGCUGUUCAUGGCUACGAGGAAUUUUGUAAAGCUGUGUCGGAAAGAAAAGGAAAAGAGAUAUUCGCUUACUUCUCUGGAGAUAAAGAUGACCAGGGCAAGAGCUGGUGUCCGGACUGUGUGAAAGCAGAGCCAGUGGUCAGAGGAGAGCUGUCUUAUCUGCCUGAGGGAUCUGUCUUCAUUUACUGCCAAGUAGGAGAUAGACCUUACUGGAAGGACCCAAAUAAUGACUUUAAGAAGACUCUGAAGCUGACUGGAGUACCCACACUGCUGCGCUACGGGACGCCCCAGAAGCUGGUUGAAGAGGAGUGUUUUAAGGCAGACCUGGUUCGAAUGUUGUUCACAGAGGAUUAAUGUCCUGUCACAUACUGCUUGAUGACAACCGCAUUUCAAUUUUUUAUUUUUUUUUGAAUGACUGACACAGUUUUUCUGCUAUUCAUUUUGUCAUUUGUAAUCUGUGCUUCUGCUCUGCAAUGUUCAGCAAAGCAAACUGUGGCCUGGAAUUAUUCUGUGGUGAUUGUACAAGUCUGGAAAGCAUUCGACCAAAUUAAACUGUGCAUACAAUGAAGAUUUCAUUUGUAACAUCGUUAGACAUUUCAAGUUUACUAUCUAGUGAUUUUCAAAAAAGGGACUAAACUACACUUUCAAACAACUUUAAGGGAUAGUUCACCCCAAAAAUGAAAAUCUUCAUCAUUUACUCACCGUCGAGUGGUUCCUAACCUUUAUGAAUUUCUUUCAGCUGUUGGAACACAAAAGAAUAUAUUUUGAAGAAUGUCGGUAAACAGUUGACGGUAGCCAUUGACUUCUAUAGCAUGAAAAAAUACUUUUGUAUUCAGCAGAAGAAUGAGGCUCAUACAGGUUUGAACAAGUGGAGGGUGAAUAAAUGAUGACACAAUAUUCAUUUUGAGUGAACCAAAGAUUGAAGAACUCAAAUCAAAUACAGUAAACAUGCAUAAUGAAAAUUGAUAUGAUUAUGGCUGUUGCCAUUUUGAUUGUUUGUUUAAAUUCAGAAUAAAAAAUAAAAUGCUUUGCAAAUCUA